GUCCGCGAGAGAUUGGUGAACAGUAGCUAUGGAUCUAGACAGCGUUUCUUCAUUCUCUUCUCUGCAAGCUCUUGCUAAACUGCUUGCUGACCCUCAGGAAGAAGACAGUGAUGACAAUGACCUUGGGUCACAUCCUUCUUCUGUUGGUGCUGUGGGUCCUGGGAAUAUCGGACCAGCAAAAAAAGCAGAGCCCACAAUCACCCCUCAGGUGAAGGCUGAAAAUAGUAAAGAUAUUUGGAAUGCAGAAGAAGUGCCAGAGGGAUCAGAGUUUGAUGAUAUCUGGGAUCCAAGGGAACAGCCAGAGUAUGAGAUUUUAUUCAAGCAGCAGGUGGGAGCAGAGGACAUGUUCCUGGGGAUGAACAGAAAGGACCCGUCCACAGCCUGCUGUGAGGACAUGCUGAUUAAAAUCAAACUGCCAGAUACAAAGUCUUCCGACAUUGCACUUGACAUCCAGGACAAGAUCCUUGACCUUCGAACCCCCAAAAAGAAGCUGCUACUGCAUCUCCCCCACCCUGUGGACAGCAAGAAUGGCAAAGCUUGUUUCAUCUCCGAAAAGGAGACCCUGGAAGUCACCUUGAGGAUGAAGAGAGAGUUUGACUUCAUCAACUUUGCCUAAGGGAAAAUGGGGACCUGUUUCAAACAAACAGUGAUCUAAAUGGCUACCUGAUAGCCAAACAAUGGCCUAUUCCCGUUGGAAAUGGUUCAGGAUGGAUAGAUCCUACCACUGCAGCUGCUGGGUGUGUAGUUGGCAGUGUGAUGAACCACUCUAUGUGUCUAUGGGCGGUGACUAGGAGUCAGAGGUAUUUCUGAGCAUGUGUAGUAUAGCAUUUCUAUCUCUGAGCAAUUCUGUACCCAAGCUUGGGUCCCAGUCUUACCAUAUACAUUCUCAGAACACCAGUUGUAAUGGCCAAUGGAACAGGACUGAGAGAGACACCUUUUCUGCCUUCGAGAUAAAAUCCUGCAGAGAUUAUGGAUGGAGAUGAUUCCAUCUUUAGCCUCCCAUGGGACUCUAGUGUUUGCUGUGUGGGGUUCCCAGGUUAUGCUUAAUCUUGCCCUGUUUUACCCAGUGCUCUUCGUUCCAUAGCUCUUCAUUUCAUAGCGCUCUUCAUUCCAAGAAAAUGCCUGUGGGAAUGUGCUUUGGGCUAGAAGCAAUGGAUCUGACUCAAAACCCAUUGAAGUCAGUAGAAACCUGCCUAUUGACUUCAGUGAUUUUUGGACUAGGCCCUAGAUAGCGGGACAUCACUUGGUCCAAAGGGUGGGACUGAGACCAGACCUGUAUAUUGGUUUAAAUGAUUCAUCACUUUUUUCUACAUGUUUGUCUACACGCCCUAAUUAAAAUGUUACUUCUAUUAGAACUAACAUGCUUGCCUUGACGUCCUGUAAAAAGUACUCACGGGAGAGAUUCUGUAACAAAGCACCUUUUUCCAGAGGGCCUGAGGCACUGCAGAAGUUCCUCUGUCGCCCUGGAGUACAUUCCAGCGGCACUCCAGUGUGCAACCAAGACGCACUCCUCCCCCACGAGCAGCCAGACCAAUAAAUCCUUGUAACACUCAGCAGCCACGUGCUGGAGUUAAUCAUGCAGGAAGCAAACAGGUAUCCGCUCACUGAUGAGAGGGGAGAGGGCGCACUGGACUCGGGCUUUGAUGGAUUGGCUCUGUUUAACAACCAGGAUCUUGUAAUCGGUUUAAAAAUAUAAUCUCUUACGGCUGCAUCCUGCUGGCAU